AUGGCUAAAGCAAGGGAAUCAAGCAAGAGUAAAAGCUUAAAAGGCGAAGCCGCCGAAAAAAUGAUUUUUGAUUAUCUUCGAAAAACAAACAGACCCUAUUCUGCAACCGACAUUAGUGCUAAUUUAAAAAAUGCCGUAACAAAAACCGUAGCUCAAAGGACUUUAGAGCAAUUACGUGAAGCAGGAAUGAUUCACGGAAAGAACUACGGAAAGCAAAUAGUUUAUGUUUGUCUUCAGGAGGAAGACGCAUCGGCCAGCCCUGAAGAGUUAGGGAAAAUGGACGCGCGUAUUAAAGAACUCCGCGAGCAAGAAGAUUCGCUUAAAACGGAAUGCAAACAUUUGAGUGAAGAACUGCACUCUAUCACGAAUGUUCUCACAAAUAACCAACUUAAAAGUGCAAUUGAAAAAGCAAAAACACAACUUGAUGAAUUAAACGAACAGUUUGUUAAUGAGAGCCAUGGUAAAGAAGAGCUGGAAAGUGUCACGGAAGACGAACAGAUUGCUAUAGCUAAAAACCAUGAAUUUGUCAAGAAAAGCUACAAAGCGCGAAAAAAAAUGUUUUACAAUGUUUGGAAUUUGUUUGCCGAUAAUUUGGAAUCACCAAUAGAGUUGUGGACCAAAUUAGGUUUUGAGAAAGACGAACUUGAAUAA